UGCUCGCAACAUCUCCACUUUCCUUCCUAAACAACGAAUGACUCAUCUACAAAGCGUAUCGUAACAUGUCCAACAGAAACCCCAAUCAGCACCUCCAGGAACACGACAACCCCACGUUUGACCUUAGUUGGGAUUAUGGAUACGUUGGCGAAGUGCGCGUUGCACCACAAACUAAUGUAACUCCCGUGGUUCACCCAGGGGACAAUCGAAUCAUCACUGCACAACCACAGAAUCACGAUAACAGUUUUGCAGUUCGUUCAACAGUGCCUAUUUUCGAUCCGGAAAACACUAUUCGGUCAGUGAAUAGUCCAUUUCUGACUCCAUUCAACCCACGUUCAGGUCUAGAUUUCCUAUACGGAUUGGCGUCAAUCUUCAUUGAGCAGACUUAUGAACUCAACGACUUCCUGUCCGCGGUAUCAUCGGAAAACCGUUACACCAUCCGAGGGCCUUCAAGUGAAGCACUCUACGGAGUGUCGGAAAGUUCGGACCCAAAAGAUCGCUUCUGGGGCUCCCUUCGGCCAUUUCAGCUAUCGCUCGUCGACCGAAGCCACCAGGAAGUUCUGCUGCUCAAGAAAAACCUCGGAUGUGGAAUCUUCUGCUGUUUCUGCAAGAACCAAUUCCUGGAGAUCUGGGCCACUCCAGGAAACUUGAUUGGAUGCAUUCAGCAGGACUAUGGCUUAUCUUCGCGAGAGAUCAUUCUCAUGAAUGGUGAUUUGGACAUCAUGUUUCGAAUACCGAUUCCGUUUGUGGACGCCAUCAGGAUGCCCAAGGAAACUCAUUUUCGAGUGUUGGACCGUGAUCUCCGGGCACAGAAGGGGACUAUCACGAGAGCGUGGAAUGUGGCGAGUUCUUCGUACACAAACAAUAUCUACUUUAACGAACCGGAAUUGGACGUUCGACUGAAGGCUUUGUUUAUUGGGGCUGCUUUUAUGCUGGAAUAUUUAUACUUCCAAUCGAAGUGUUGUUAAAAUCUGGAGAAAUGUUAAUCAACUCAUUUUAUACACUUUUGUACAUAAUAUUUAACCCUAAGAAAUCAAGAAAAAAUGUCAAGAAGAAUGCAAUAUUCAACAACACAAGGACUUUUGAGGAAAACAUCAAUAACCUACUAAGAAAAUAUAUUCUGAAUUUAACACAGAGUGCUCAUCAUUAUCACAUGUUCAAGUUACUAUCACGUUGAAAUCUUGGGUAAUGUUUUACCCCAAUUCAUAACUUCUUCAAUACAUUAUAAUGAAUAAAUUCUUUGAACAGUGCUAAUCACAUAAACCAAUGUGGUAGGAUGAUGCAUAGCACA